UUAAAAAAACUUUGUUAAUCAUUUCUUCUCUCCUAUUAUAUUCUAGUUUGAUGAGACUGCAUUACCUACCAAUAAUUGGAAGGAGGAACAGACUUUCUGCUUUUACACUUUCUGAGUUGUAUGAGAAACAGAAUCAUUCAUAUAUCCCUCUUCAAGUAGAUUAAUUCUGAUAAAUAAAAUGCCGAUGGAUCAGCGGUUGUACGCAGCUGCUAAAGAAGGUGACAUGAAAGUUCUGGAAGAAUACAAGAGUCAGUUCGCCACCCAAUUAACUCCUUACAACAACACUGUCCUCCAUAUUGCAGCUCAACAUAAAGGUUUAAAUCGGAAAAUUAACCCAAGAGAUUUUCUUGCUAUAGCUGGUCCAGACUUAUUUUCCAGCUUGAACAUUAAUGGAGAUACUUUUAUUCAUAUGGCUGCUAGGAGAGACAACAGAGAUCUCGUCGAGGCCUUUAUCAACUACAUGAAAAAUUGUGGAGGGGUCGACGGGGUUAUUGAUAUAGAAGCUGGCAUUCGGAAAACCAGGGAGUUCUUGAGGAUUACUAACAACUAUGGAAAUACGGCCUUGCAUGAAGCUGUAAUGCAGAGGCGUGAUUGCAGUGUGGUAGAAUUGUUGGUCAAAGAAGAUCCUGACUUUUCAUAUCCGCCUAACAAUGCUCAGAAGACUCCACUGUAUCUAGCUGCAGAGAAUAAAAAUGAAAAACCAGUGGAACACAUCUUGAACAACUCCACUUCACUAUCUUAUGCUGGUCCCUAUGGCACAACUGUGCUACAUGCAGCUGCAAUGUAUAAUACUACAGAAUGCAUGGAAAUGAUACUAAGAAAAGAACCAAGUCUAACAAAGCAAGUAGAUGAUUUUGGAUGGAAUCCUCUCCAUUUCGCGGCUUACGUAGGGUUUAAACUAUCAGUGAGGACAUUAUUAAAGGCGGAUAAACAUAUGGUUUAUGGAACUAUUAAAGAAGAAAAUAGAACACCUCUGCAUAUAGCGGUCAUCAAUAAUAAAAUACAGGCCGUUGAAGAGAUUAUAGAGCAGUGUCCAGAUUCCUUGGACGCAGUCACUAGCCAAGGCCAAAAUGUUCUUCACAUUGCAUACGCGAAGGAGCAUUGGAAAAUGAUAACAUUAUUCGAAGAUCAACACUGGAACAAUAACAUCUUUGUGCAAAGAGACACUGACGGGAACGUGCCCGACGAGGUUACAGGGAACGUGUCAUUUCAAUCUCACCCUUCCAGGGAAGAAUUAGAUCGCAACAAUAUCAAAUGGAAAGAAUCUUAUGGGAAGUGGUUCAAAGGACGCAUGGAAGUAUGGAAAGAAAGAGCAAACACACAUUUGAUAGUUGUUACACUUAUAUUAACGGUUUCUUUCGCGGCUGGCUUCACAAUUCCUGGUGGUUACGAUGGUGAUGAUGGUCCAAAUAAAGGCAUGGCAAUCAUAUCCAAGAAAACAGCGUUUAAAGCAUUCGCAGUAACAGAUACCAUUGCCAUGAUAUCUUCCACAGCUGCCGUUUUUCUGCAUUACCUUGCAACUUACGAGGAAGAGAACAAAAGGUUGAGUCGUUAUGUAGUUGCUGGCGUCCUUGCCUUGGUUGCCAUGAUUGCAAUGAUGAUAGCGUUUAUGACUGGCUUGUACGUUGUGCUACCUUCUACAAGCCUAGCUAUAUUUAUCUGUGUCAUUUGCUCUUUAUCGCUUGCCCUCUUUGUAUUUAUUUUGGGUAAGAGUUUUUAUGAUUCAUUUCAAAAGAAAAGGAAAAAGUAUUAAUUACUGAAACCUAAUGAGUUCUUGUCAAGAAAGUCUGUCUCUUUAGUUUCAAGCUUUUUAGCUGUUUGAUUUUUUGUGAAAGCAUUAUGUCUAUCUUCCUUGGUUUAUCUAGAUCCAAACGAAAAUUGCUUCUGCCA